AUGGCCGGCCGACCCCAACUACCCAAUGUCCAACCCCAAAUCAUCUUGCUACGCGAAGGUACCGAUACCUCUCAAGGCACACCCCAAUUACUCUCGAACAUCAAUGCCUGUCUCGCCGUCGCCCAAACUGUCGCCUCAACUCUUGGGCCCAGAGGGAUGGACAAGCUGAUCGUCGCUACCAAUGGUGACGCAACGAUUUCAAACGAUGGGGCAACAAUCAUGAAACUGUUGCAAGUCGUCCAUCCGGCCGCCAAGACCCUGGUAGAUAUCGCAAGGGCACAGGACGCCGAAGUGGGCGACGGAACAACCAGUGUGGUCUUACUCUGUGCUGAGCUUUUGAAGCAAUGUAAACCCUAUAUCGAAGAAGGUGUUAGUCCUCACAUCAUCAUCAAAGGAUACCGUAAAGCUUGCGAAAUGGCAGUUGCCAAGGUCAAGGAACUGGCAAUCACAGUCGACAAAUCAGACGAAACAAAAUUCAGAGAACUACUGAUUAAAUGUGCCUCGACCUCGAUGUCCUCCAAGCUAAUCCACCACCACAAGCCAUUCUUCUCAAACAUGGUCGUCGAUGCAGUGAUGACCCUAGACCAGAACGAUCUGGACGAAUCGUUGAUUGGCAUCAAGAAGAUCCCCGGUGGGGGGAUGGAGGACAGUUUGUUGAUCAAAGGUGUCGCCUUCAAAAAGGCUUUCUCUUAUGCUGGUUUUGAGCAGCAACCCAAGAGCUUCCAAUCCCCCAAGCUGCUAUGUUUGAACGUCGAACUCGAACUUAAGGCGGAGAGGGAUAAUGCUGAAGUUAGGAUUGAGAAAGUCGAGGACUACCAACGGGUAGUUGACGCCGAAUGGGAGAUCAUCUUUCGAAAACUAGAAAGCAUCGUUGCAACGGGGGCUCAAAUAGUUCUCUCGCGAUUGCCGAUCGGCGAUCUAGCAACCCAAUACUUUGCCGACCGAAACAUUUUCUGUGCGGGGCGGAUUCCGACAGACGAUCUGAAAAGGGUAGUCCAAGCGGUUGGAGGCUCGAUCCAAUCGACCACCACCGAUAUCCACGACUCUCACCUAGGCUCGUGUGAGAGCUUCGAAGAGCGCCAGAUCGGUGCCGAGCGGUAUAACGUUUUCCAGGGCGGGAAGCAUUCCAAGGCGUGCACUUUGAUCCUCCGAGGUGGAGCUGAGCAGUUUAUCUCGGAGGUCGAACGAAGUUUGCAUGAUGCGAUUAUGGUCGUCAAGAGGGCGAUCAAAAAUAAUCAAGUUGUUGCAGGAGGCGGUGCUUGUGAGAUGGAAGUCUCGAAAUAUCUACGAGAAGAGUCGAAAUUGAUCCAAGGCAAACAACAGUUAAUGCUAGCAUCAUACGCCAAAUCUCUAGAAUGUAUCCCUCGACAGCUAUGUGACAAUGCUGGACUAGACGCGACGGACAUCUUGAACAAAUUACGGAUGCUCCACGCUCAGGAUCAGAAAUGGAUCGGAGUCAAUCUGGAAGUCGAUCUUGAUCUGGGCGUCGCUGACAAUUAUGAAAAAUUUGUUUGGGAACCCGCGCUGGUGAAGACUAACGCCUUGGAAGGCGCGACUGAAGCCGCUUGUAUGAUCUUAAGUGUUGAUGCGACCGUCCGAAACCCACAAUCUGAGAAACAGAGCGCCGGACCUCAGAUGCCGAGAGGAGCAGCAAGGGGGGCUCUAAGAGGUCGGGGCAGGGGUCGAUAA